AUGGCUGAGAGCUAGCAAGAACAAUUCAGGACCAUGAUGGCUCAGUUUCCCACCGCUAUGAAUGGAGGGCCAAACAUGUGGGCUAUAACCUCUGAAGAACGAAGUAAGCAUGACAAACAAUUUGACAACCUCAAGCCUUCGGGAGGUUAUAUAACAGGUGAUCAAGCGCGUACUUUUUUCUUACAGUCAGGUCUGCCAGCUCCUGUUUUAGCUGAAAUAUGGGCCUUGUCAGACCUGAACAAGGAUGGAAAGAUGGAUCAGCAGGAGUUCUCCAUAGCUAUGAAACUCAUCAAACUCAAGCUUCAAGGCCAACAGUUGCCUGUAGUUCUCCCUCCUGUUAUGAAACAACCCCCUAUGUUCUCUCCAUUAAUUUCUGCUCGAUUUGGGAUGGGAAGCAUGCCCAAUCUGUCCAUCCCGCAGUCAUUGCCUCCUGUUGCACCUGUAACAGCACCCUUGUCCUCUGCGACUUCAGGGACCAGUCUUCCUCCCUUAAUAAUGCCUGCUCCCCUAGUGCCUUCUGUUAGUACAUCAUCAUUACCAAAUGGAACCGCCAGUCUCAUUCAGCCUUUGUCCAUUCCGUACUCUUCUUCAACAUUGCCUCAUACAUCGUCUUACAGUCUGAUGAUGGGAGGAUUUGGUGGUGCUAAUAUACAGAAGGCCCAGUCUUUGAUUGAUUUAGGAUCUAGUAGCUCAACUUCCUCAACUGCUUCACUCUCAGGGAACUCGCCCAAGACCGGCACCUCCGAGUGGGCAGUUCCUCAGCCUUCAAGAUUAAAAUAUCGGCAAAAAUUUAAUACUCUUGACAAAAGUAUGAGUGGAUACCUCUCAGGUUUUCAAGCCAGAAAUGCCCUUCUUCAGUCAAAUCUUUCGCAAACUCAGCUAGCUACUAUUUGGACCCUGGCCGACGUGGACGGGGACGGACAGCUGAAAGCUGAAGAGUUUAUCCUUGCGAUGCACCUCACUGACAUGGCCAAAGCCGGGCAGCCGCUGCCGCUGACUCUGCCUCCAGAGCUCGUCCCGCCCUCCUUCAGAGGUGGAAAGCAAACUGAUUCAGUUAAUGGAACUCAGCCUUCAUAUCAGAAGACACAAGAAGAGGAACCUCAGAAGAAAUUACCAGUUACCUUUGAGGACAAGCGGAAAGCCAACUAUGAGCGAGGGAACGUGGAACUGGAGAAGCGGCGCCGAGCCCUGAUGGAGCAGCAGCAGCGGGAGGCAGAACGCAAAGCCCAGAAAGAAAAGGAAGAGUGGGAGCGAAAGCAGAGGGAACUGCAGGAGCAAGAGUGGAAGAAACAGCUUGAACUGGAAAAGCGCUUGGAGAAACAGAGGGAGUUGGAGAGGCAGCGGGAGGAAGAAAGAAGAAAAGAGAUAGAAAGACGAGAGGCAGCAAAACAGGAACUUGAACGACAACGUCGUUUGGAAUGGGAGAGAAUUCGUCGACAGGAACUUCUCAAUCAGAAGAAUAGAGAACAAGAAGAAAUUGUCAGGUUAAACUCUAAAAAGAAGAGUCUUCACCUUGAGCUGGAAGCACUGAAUGGCAAACAUCAGCAGAUCUCAGGCAGACUACAAGAUGUACGACUUAGAAAGCAAACACAGAAGACCGAGCUGGAAGUUCUAGAUAAGCAGUGUGACCUGGAAAUUAUGGAAAUCAAGCAACUGCAGCAAGAACUUCAGGAAUAUCAAAAUAAGCUUAUUUAUUUGGUACCUGAGAAGCAGUUACUGAAUGAAAGAAUUAAAAACAUGCAGCUGAAUAACACACCUGAUUCAGGGAUCAGUUUACUUCAUAAGAAAUCAGUAGAAAAGGAAGAAUUAUGCCAAAGACUUAAAGAACAAUUAGAUGCUCUUGAAAAAGAAACUGCAUCUAAGCUCUCAGAAAUGGAUUCAUUUAACAGUCAACUGAAGUGUGGGAAUAUGGAUGACUCUGUUCUUCAGUGCCUUUUGUCUCUGCUAAGCUGUCUCAACAACCUCUUCCUCUUACUUAAGGAACUGAGAGAAAGCUACAAUACACAGCAGCUAGCCCUUGAACAGCUUCAUAAGAUCAAACAUGACAAGUUGAAGGAAAUUGAAAGAAAAAGAUUAGAGCUAAUACAGAAAAAGAAACUAGAAGAUGAGGCUUCAAGGAAAGCAAAGCAAGGAAAAGAAAAUUUAUGGAGAGAAAGUCUUAGAAAGGAGGAAGAAGAGAAACAGAAGCGACUUCAGGAAGAAAAAACACAAGAAAAAAUUCAAGAGGAUCGAAAAGCUGAAGAGAAACAAUGUGAGACAGCUACUGCUUUGGUGAAUUAUAGAGCAUUAUACCCCUUUGAAGCAAGGAACCAUGAUGAGAUGAGUUUCAGCUCUGGGGAUAUAAUUCAGGUUGAUGAAAAAACUGUAGGAGAGCCUGGUUGGCUUUAUGGUAGUUUUCAGGGAAGCUUUGGCUGGUUUCCAGGCAACUAUGUAGAAAAACUGCCAUCAAGUGAAAAAGCUAUGUCUCCUAAGAAGGCCUUACUUCCUCCCACAGUAUCUUUACCUGCUACCUCAUCUUCGUCCGAACCACUUUCUUCAAGUCAACCAGCAUCAGUGACUGAUUAUCAAAAUGUAUCUUUUUCAAACCUAACUGUUAAUGCCUCAUGGCAGAAAAAAUCAGCUUUUACUCGCACUGUGUCCCCUGGGUCCAUAUCACCUAUCCAUGGACAGGGGCAGGUUGUAGAAAACCUGAAAGCACAGGCCCUUUGUUCAUGGACUGCCAAGAAAGAUAACCACUUGAACUUCUCAAAGCAUGACAUCAUUACUGUCUUAGAGCAACAAGAGAAUUGGUGGUUUGGGGAGGUACAUGGAAGAAGAGGCUGGUUUCCAAAAUCUUACGUCAAGAUCAUUCCUGGGAGUGAAGUGAAGCGUGAAGAGCCAGAAGCUUUGUAUGCACCUAUAAAUAAGAAACCUACCUCCACAGCCUAUCCAGUUGGAGAAGAAUAUAUUGCACUUUAUCCAUAUUCAAGUGUAGAACCAGGAGAUUUGAUUUUCACCGAAGGUGAAGAAAUACUGGUGACACAGAAAGAUGGAGAAUGGUGGACAGGAAGCAUUGGAGAUAGAACUGGAAUUUUUCCAUCAAACUAUGUCAAACCAAAAGAUCAAGAGAAUUUGGGGAGUGCUAGCAAAUCCGGAACAUCAAAUAAAAAACCUGAAAUUGCUCAAGUAACUUCAGCAUAUGUUGCUUCUGGUGCUGAACAACUUAGCCUUGCACCGGGACAGUUAAUAUUAAUUCUAAAGAAAAAUGCAAGUGGGUGGUGGCAAGGGGAAUUACAGAUCCCUUAUGGAACUGCAGGUCAUCCUAAAGAAAGCACAGUGCUAUCUCUGCCUGAGAUGGCCACGGUGUGUCAGGUGAUCGCCAUGUAUGACUAUGUAGCAAAUAAUGAAGAUGAGCUCAAUUUCUCCAAAGGACAACUCAUUAAUGUAGUGAACAAAGAUGACCCUGACUGGUGGCAAGGAGAGAUCAAUGGGGUGACAGGUCUUUUUCCUUCCAACUAUGUGAAGAUGACAACAGACUCAGAUCCAAGUCAGCAGUGGUGCGCUGAUCUCCAAGCCCUGGACACGAUGCAGCCAGCUGAGAGGAAGAGACAGGGCUACAUCCACGAGCUGAUCCAGACGGAGGAGCGGUACGUGGAUGACCUGCAGCUGGUCAUCGAGGUUUUUCAGAAGCGGAUGGCGGAGUCAGGCUUUCUCACAGAAGGAGAAAUGGCCUUGAUCUUCGUUAACUGGAAAGAGCUCAUCAUGUCCAACACAAAGCUGCUGAAGGCCUUGCGGGUCCGGAAGAAGACCGGGGGAGAGAAGAUGCCAGUGCAGAUGAUCGGGGACAUCCUGGCGGCCGGACUGUCCCACAUGCAGGCUUACAUCAGGUUCUGCAGCUGCCAGCUGAACGGGGCAGCUUUGCUACAGCAGAAGACGGAUGAAGACGCGGAAUUCAAAGACUUUUUAAAGAAGCUGGCGUCGGACCCUCGAUGUAAAGGGAUGCCCCUGUCCAGCUUCCUGCUGAAGCCCAUGCAGAGGAUCACCCGCUACCCACUGCUCAUCAGAAGUAUUCUGGAGAACACCCUGGAGAGUCACGUGGACCUCUCCUCCCUGAAGCUGGCCCUGGAGCGGGCAGAGGAGCUCUGCUCCCAAGUGAACGAAGGAGUUCGGGAAAAGGAGAAUUCAGACCGACUGGAGUGGGUCCAGGCACACGUGCAGUGUGAAGGCCUUGCAGAGCAACUGAUUUUCAACUCCCUCACCAACUGCCUGGGGCCCCGGAAGCUCUUGCACAGUGGGAAAUUAUACAAGACCAAGAGCAAUAAGGAGCUGCACGGAUUUCUCUUCAAUGACUUCCUGCUUCUCACCUACAUGGUUAAGCAGUUUGCCGUUUCCUCUGGCUCGGAGAAGCUUUUCAGCUCCAAGUCCAACGCGCAGUUCAGAAUGUACAAAACGCCCAUUUUCCUGAACGAAGUCUUGGUGAAGCUGCCCACAGACCCUUCCAGCGACGAGCCCGUCUUCCAUAUCUCUCACAUCGACCGGGUCUACACCCUGCGGACGGACAACAUCAACGAGAGGUCAGUCCGCCCAGCUCCCCCGUGGAUGCGGGUGGCAGCCACAGCCCUGCGGGGGCCGCAUUCGCAGUCCAGGCCCGCGCUGGACCGAACGCUGGUGUCCGACCCGAGCAGUCCGCCCAGCUCCCCCGUGGAUGCGGGUGGCAGCCACAGCCCUGCGGGCUUCCGCCGGGCCUGUCCUCCCCAGGCAGAGCGGUCCCCUCCGUCUCCGGGGCUCUCUCCCGAGAGCGGCUGCCUCCUUGGUGACAGGUUCUUAGCCCUGCCUCGCUGUUUCCAGGCCCAGUGCCCACACGCAGGCACCGUCACGCCUUCCUCGUUCGUGUUCCAGCCCAGCGCCCCAGCACACACACACACCCCAGAGUCCCUCCAUUCUACAGCGUCUGAGCCAGACACUGCCUCCUCCUCGCCCUCCCUGCUGCCUGGCCGCCCUGCUGGGCUUGAGUCCGCGUCAGACUCAGGGCAGCUUCUGUUUAAGUCCCGAGCCCCUUUCCCGGUGAUCACCAGCUCCUCGCGCCCUGCCUCACUUGGGCCCGGUAGGCUCUAUAUAGUCCGCGUCGAUCGCGUCCUCUCCGCACAGGACAGAUGUACCAGUCCGGUGCCCCCUGCCGCCCUUGCGAGUAGGGUGCUGAUGGGCAGAGGUGGCGAGCAGCCUUCUCAGCAGGUGCACAGCCCGGGAAAAGACCCUGAGCAGCCAGAACGCAACUUGUCUUCCUCUGCCACAGCCCGCUCUCAGAAGACUUCGGGCAUUGGGCGUCUGAUGGUUCACGUCAUUGAGGCAACAGAGUUAAAAGCCUGCAAAGCAAAUGGAAAGAGCAAUCCAUACUGUGAAGUCAGCAUGGGCUCCCAGAGCUACACCACCAGAACUCUCCAGGACACUCUAAACCCCAAAUGGAACUUUAACUGCCAGUUCUUCAUCAAGGAUCUGUACCAAGAUGUGCUGUGUCUCACCAUGUUUGACAGAGACCAGUUUUCUCCAGAUGAUUUCCUGGGUCGUACUGAAGUUCCACUGGCAAAAAUUCGAACAGAGCAAGAAAGCAAAGGCCCUACCACCCGCCGACUCCUGCUGCAUGAGGUGUCCACCGGGGAGGUCUGGGUCCGAUUUGACCUGCAGCUUUUUGAACAAAAAGCUCUCCCAUAGGGGACUCAAGGACAGCACCCAAGGGCCAGGGCUGGAGAGUAGCAGACCGCUCUCCUGGGGCUGAGAGCAUCACGCGGCUUCAUCCAUCACAAAGCCACGCACGCUGGGCCUAUAUUUUAUUGCACACUAAAUCGCUAGCAAUCUAUGCAAACAGGAUGUUUCCUAUAAACCCCCAGCGCAGUGCCUUGUCCCCAGUGUUAGCAGUCCCGCCAUGUUCCAAUGCCAGGUUUCUAUUUCAGGGCUAUGAAAGUAUUAUGUGGGAAUGAGGCAUCAGACCAACAGACCUUACUUACCGCUUGGCGAAUGUGCCCAGUGUGGAGUGGUUUGGUGACCCCUGCCGGUCAUGGCACUCAGGAGGCAAAGGGUUGGGAUGAAACACUGCGGCCUGGUGCUCGCACAGCCUGGUGAAAUAGUGUCUAGCUGUGCCCUGAAAACAACCAGAAACUUGAUCAUGUUAUUCUUGACUAGAUUCUCUGCUAAGACAAUAGAGUUUUAAAUAGAAGGGGGAAAGCUUGAUAUACUUUAAAUACUGUGAACUCUAAUAAUGUGGAAAAUAUUUUUCAACUUUAAUUUUCUGAACUAUAAAUUAUUUAUGUAAAUUCCUUGUUUUGCAUAUUUCACAGGACAUGCAUCGUUAAGCUUUAUCAUUGCCAAUGUGUA